AAAAUGAGUGCAAAAUAUCCACAAAAGACGCAAGAAGAAAUAGAAAUGGAGCAAAUGGCCCAGGCAGAGUUGGCUCGCUUACAGAGACAAUACCGAAUAAUGGAAGAGGAUAGGGCAAAUUAUGCCGAGGAAACUAGAAUUAUCCUAAACCGGCAGAGGCGACAAAUAGCGGCGCUAGAGCGCGAAAAGAAGCAACUUUUGAUGAGCCCCGAGUACGCAAGCUUGAAGGUUGCUCGUCGGAGGGCUUCAAGCUGCAGCAGGCUGUUGGAGCGGCAGCUUAACAAAUACGAAGAGAUGGAGGAGCGGAUUCAAGAACAAAAAGAAAUUAAUGAUGAGUGGCGAUUGAAAAUUCAAGCAGUUGAAAAAGAAAUUGAUCAAUUGAGGAGGAAAAGCGAAAGUGAAAUUUGUCAACGAGAGUCACUCAAAGCUGCUGAAAGAAACGAGUCUCUGUUAAAAAAUCGUUUGCACCACGUAAGCUUGAAUUAUAAAUGUGACAAAUUCUCUCUACUUAAACUUACCACCAAGGCCUCUGUUCACUUGAACUCAAUAUUGUCCAGCAGCAAAUUUUUGCGUGAAGAACUUGACCAUUUGUUGCUUGAACGGGCCCAGUUUAAUAUUCGUUUUGAAAAGCUGGCGCAGCAACUCGCUGAGGGCAAAAAAUUGGCUGCAGAGUUGACCGAUGCUGCAACGCAGGCUUAUGAUCAAAGGGAGGAGGCUCAGAGUCGACUUCAGAUGUUGAAAGAACAGGAGCAGAUUGACGUAGACCGCUACAAAGCGGACACAAACGUUUUGCAGCGGCAACUCGACUCGGUUGCAAAGCUGUUUAAUUUCCUUGCUACCAAGGGGCAGAAACGAACUACAGCCCACCUUGAAGCGCAGGAAGCACUCAGGCAGAUAAACCAGCGUGAGGCGAUGGAAAAACUGCUCCAGGCAUAUGCAGCCAGCAUGAAGGAAAUUCAGGAGUUUAGCAACGAAAAAGACGUGGACAAACUGGCGGCCUUAUUUACCAAGCAGGAGGAAGAGAAUUUCGCGCUUUUCAACUACGUCAAUGAGCUGAACAGCGAGCUAGAGGCGCUCGAAGAAAAGGUGGAGGACGCUCGCCGCGAGUUGGAGGCCCACCAGAGACAGCAAAGGCGCCAGGAACAGCAACGCCAAGACAACAUGACCGAGCUGCAGAACAAUUUGGAGGCGGCUAAAAAGAAGAGCAAACAGGCCGAGGUCGAGUUAGCUGUCGCCGAUGAAGAACUGGGCCAGCUACUUAAGAAAGUGCACAGGCUGUUUAAUCUUGUCUUCACUGAUCCGCCUCCGAUUCUCCAAUUAAUUGGUGGAGAUGCUGUGGUAACUAGUGAGAACGUGUGCCUCUAUUUGGAACUGCUCCAAGAGAACGCAACUUCCAUUCGGGAAAUUGCAUUGAAAACAGCAGAGCCAGAUCACGAGGAGGAAUCCAGCACAACACAAUCAAUCGCAGCGCGACCACAGAAACAGAGAGCCUCGUUUCCAAUGUUCAAGGAUUCAAGCAAAUCAGCUGAUGAAAAAUGACAACGAGAUUUCGCGCCCUAAAAACUUAAAUAAUAAGUAUGUAGCACAAAUGGUUGCAUAAGAGUUAGAACACAGUAAAUGUAUUAAAAUUAUUAUAUUUAAUCAAUUACAACAAAAAUUUCAUGUUCGCAUUAUUGUAUGAGAAAUUUGUCAAAAAAUGAUCUCAUAUCAAGCACGCAUGAUAAUUUGUCUGCCAUCAACAUGAUUCAAAUUGAAUUUUGUAAAUACAUGAUUAAAACCUUCCUGAACGCAAUAAAAAGUCCUAUCACA